UGGGAUUGUGUUGGUUUUAUGAAAGAUGUAAUGUUUAUUUGUUGCAGCGCUUUACAAACAUGUCCUAAUAAACUUCUUUCAGUAUAAGUAAAAUGAUGACGCAGUGUAUGGCGCCCUCUAGUGACUAACAUUAAAACAAACUUGCACAUGCGCAAGAAAAGGAUAUGUCGUCUGAACGUUUGCUGCUAUCGACAAACAGGUAGCUCUCUAUUAAAUAUAACUAGAAACCAUAAUAGUCCUGAUCCUGAAGAUUCUUCCAUACUGCAAGACGGUGUUGCUGAAACAGCAGAUGACCCACUGGCUAUCACAGCCAUCCAGUCAGCUGCCGCAUUCUCCACAGAUCAGCAAAUUAAGUAUCAUCUUGUAAAAACGGAAGGAACAGGGCGGCAGGUGACAUACCGGGUGAUCCACUUGGCUGAUGGGCAGGUAGAAGGACAGGCAGAUGGGGCUGCAGCAGUCAGCGUGGUGACUGGGUUUCCCUCAGUAACUCAGGCAGCCACACCACCUGUAACCCAGGCUGUGAUCUCGCAGUCUGAGAGUCUAGAGGGAGAGACGUCUGAGACUCAAUACUACUAUCCUGCCACCAUCUCUGACACAACAGCCAGCACCAUGGUCACCAAUCUCCACACAGCUGAUUCGGUACUAUCUCAACCAACCUCUGCAGGUCAACUCUAUGUAAUGAUGUCACCUCAGGAAGUUCUAGCCACAACACAGCAGAGUAAGUCGGGAACACCGCGUGCUUCCAGGGAUGACAAGCGGAGGGCUCAACAUAAUGAAGUGGAACGCAGGCGGAGAGACAAGAUCAACAACUGGAUUGUCCAGCUUUCCAAAACAAUUCCUGACUGCAAUGUGGAUGCAACCAAAAAUGGUCAAAGUAAAGGUGGGAUCUUGUCCAAGGCAUGUGAUUAUAUCCAAGAGCUGCGUCAGAGCAAUGCAAGACUGGAGGAGGAACUUAAUACUGUGGAUAGACUGAGGAUGGACAAUCAGCUUCUUAAACAAGAGUCGGUCUUUCUCUCUCUUAUGCCUGGUCUCCACCUACACACACAGAUGGAAGAAUGGAAAUCAAAGAAUCAGAUGAUCAGAGCCCAGUUAAGACAGCACGGCAUAGUGGCAGCAUCAAUGGACUCUCAGUGAAGAACUGCAGAUCAACUAUAAGCUUCUCCUGCCCUGGUCUUGUCAUUAAUUCUGUUUAUUCAUGUUUGAAAUUCUUAGCGUGGACAAUCACACUUUUCUCUGUCUUCUUCACUGUUCACUUCACACGCAGCCUUUGAUUGUUUCAGAUUAUUUGCAGAGUGGUCUGGAAUCUUAACUGCACUGAAAUUGGGUAUAACUGUCAGAUCUGUAUAUUUGUAGAUCUGUGUCUAAAGAAUGACCAUACUUUGAAGGACUACUGUGAUGGUGUUUGAUAUGGUUUUUUUUUUUGUUUUUUUUUAAGCAUUGAAAUGUUUACAUUUUGGUUACCUUCAUUGCGUUCUUUAAGCAGAAUGUUAUUGUUUUGUCUAUUCAGUCGAAGUUACGCAAUGCCUUGACAAUCAACUUAGGCCAAAACACCAGCUUUAAAAGUUUAUGAAAUGUACACUUCCCAGUAAAUUUAAUUUACACAAUGUCUUUACUUAAUAUUGUUUGAUCAAAUCUUUAUUGAACUUCAUGUUAAGUUUCAUGACACAAGUUUGAUGACGUUUUAAAUGUUAACACUGGUAGAUUUGUUGAUUUAUUUAACUCCGUUUGGUGAACAAGCACAAGUGCACCUAUUUGGUGACGCUGGAUCAGGAAUAAAAAUACUGUAUAUCAAAAACAAA